AAGGAAGACUUGCCUGUAGCGCCAGAAAAACACUACAAGGAGGAGAAGAAGACUUCCAUGUUGUUUCUCUUGCAGGGUUGUUUAUGUAUUUUUAAGGCUAUAGACAAAAUAACGAGUAAGCAUUAACCAGGACAGGUUUUGCAUUCACACAUCGGUCGAAGGAUGGAAAUGUAACGCGCACUUUGACUGUUUAUCGUCCGGUUCCUUAUUCUCAACUGAGGCGUCUUGAGGAUACAGAGAACUCAACAAGGACCGCGAGUGCUCAGUGGCUUAUCAGCACGGUCGAAAAUCCAUCAGAGAAGCAUAUGAAGAACAGUUUGCCCCACAGGAUGCAAGAGAGGUUACAGUUCACCGGGUUGUCAAUAUUGUUGAGAAGAGGAACCCUAUGACACGGCCAGGGGGGGAAUUUGACAGAGGAUAUGAUGACCAGCGGUACAGGGGCCCUCGUGACUACAAUAGUGGAAGAGGAUAUCACACCAAAGACACUUAUCGAUCUGAUGACAGUCAGUACUACGAUGAAAACUCCAGCUAUGAUAACUACCGAAGACACUCUCCACCACAUCGAGAUGACUCGUACCCUCAGACGAGUUACGGUCGAGAUGACUUGAGGCAUCAGCUAAGCUCAAGUAGGAACAGGAGUAGAGGUCCUCCUCAUAGGAGAGGUCAAGGCUACGGUCCUCCUCCAAGGGAGGAUUAUGACUACAGGCCCUCUAAAUCUUUAGUCAUCACACGAGAUCGCUCUCCUGGAAGGAGGGAAUCUCAUCCACCCAUCCGAUCGGGAUCAAACCCCAGCAGGAGCCUCUCACCUGACAGGGACAAAGGCUUCACCUAUCAGCAGAAGUACAAGUCCAGCGCAUCGAAGAGCUUCACCUCCAGCAGUUCUGUAGAGGACUCCCCCCACCCAGCCUCUUCUAAGGAAAAAUCAUCAGCAUCUGCAGCAGAGACAGAGGCCGUAGCAGCUGCCAACUCGGAGCCAAACAUAAUUCAAGAGGAGGACAUAAAGGCACGUCGGUCAGAGGCCAUUAAGGCUAAAGUUGCUGAAAUAGAGAAGCAAUACAGGCAGGACUGUGAGACGUUCCGUACAGUGGUGAAGAUGCUGAUAGACAAGGAGCCCUCUUUGGAUGGUAUGCUGCAAGCUCCGCUGGACAAGAACCUGUUGGAGAUCCGACAGCACUGCCUAGAUGCAAUUAAGAGCUUUGUGAUGGAGCUGGAUGAGAUAUUGGAGCAGCCUGAAGCAACAGCCUGAUAUUUUGAUGGCAGACUGCUAAAGUGAUGUGAUGUCACUUGGACUUGAGCUGAAAAUCUGUGGACUAAAAAAUUAAAUUUUUUAUUGUAUUUCACAUGUUCUGUUCAAUGUAUUUCCAUAGCAGGAGGGAUGGGAUGGAAUUUUUAAAGGAUUAAUUAAUGUUGUUACAGUAAGGUACACACAGUAUUAAAUAAAAACAACUCAACAUAG